AUGACAGCGGGUACAUACCGGGAUGAACUCGAAGCUCGUGGUGGACUGUUGGGGCAGGUUGGGGCUAAGACGGCGACCAGAGAAUCGAUUACAGAUUCACAGGCACAAGGCUCCGCGCGAGAUCACAGCACGUGGCUACUGGCAGCUGUUGGCCACAAUACGAAGGAAGAUGUGACAAUUUUUUUCCCGUGGGGCUCGUUCAAGUUGUGGAGUAGCGGCACUACACCCGUCAUCACCAAACUUCUGUGGAACGCAUCGUUCAGCCUCGCAGUCAUGUUCGACAUCCAUCUUCAAAGUGCGACACCAUUGGCUGCAACUGGGCACAAUGGCCGGACAUCUGAUCCUGUCUGUUGA